AUGAUGCCCCCGCGGGGGGCGGCGGGCUCCUGCCGCCGGCGGCGCCUGGCGCCCCUCAACGAGGACAACGGGCGGUUCCUGCUGCUGGCCGCUCUCAUCGCGGCGUACCUGAGCGCCGGCGCCACCGUCUUUUCGGCCCUCGAGAGCCCGUCGGAGGCGGCGGCGCAGCUCCGCUGGAACCGGACCCUCCACAACUUCAGCCGCAUCUUCAACAUCAGCCUGCCGGAGCUGCGCGCCUUCCUGCGGAGCUACGAGGCGGCUAUGGCCGCGGGCAUCCGCGUCGACGCCCUGCGGCCCCGCUGGGACUUCCCCGGCGCCUUCUACUUCGUGGGCACCGUUGUCUCCACCAUAGGAUUUGGAAUGACCACACCAGCAACCGUGGCUGGAAAAGUAUUCCUCAUCGUUUAUGGCCUUUUUGGGUGUGCUGGGACUAUCCUUUUCUUCAACCUCUUCUUGGAGCGCAUUAUCUCUCUCCUGGCAUUUAUCAUGAAGGCAUGCCAUGAAAGACAGCUGAGAAGAAGUGGUCUCCUACCUCCCAACUUCCGAAGGGGGCCGGCUAUGUCUGGGGUGGGCAGUCUCGUGGGCUGGAAGCCAUCCGUUUACCAUGUAAUGCUGAUCCUGGGAAUUUUUGCUAUUACCCUUUCCUGCUGCGCCUCCGCAAUGUACACGGCAGUGGAAGGAUGGAAUUACAUUGACUCCUUAUACUAUUGCUUUGUCACCUUCAGCACCAUCGGGUUUGGAGAUUUGGUAAGCAGCCAAAACGCUGCUUACCAAAAUCAGGGAUUAUACAGAUUCGGAAACUUCAUAUUUAUAUUAAUGGGGGUAUGUUGCAUAUACUCUCUUUUUAAUGUCAUCUCAAUCGUAAUCAAGCAAGUUUUGAACUGGGUGUUGAAAAAAUUCGAAUGCAGAUGUUGCCCAAAGUGCCAUAAAUCAAGUGCCCGCCUUGGACGUCGCAACGCCAUCACCCCAGGAGCCCGCCUGCGUCGACACAACAUCUCAGUGGACGCUGAUGGACAGUACGACAGCGACACGGAGGGGAGGAGGCUCUCUGGAGAGAUGAUCUCCAUGAGGGAGCUCACAGCAUCCAGUAAAGUCUCCCUGGCCAUUUUGCAAAAGCAGUUGUCCGAGACGGCCAACGGCUACCCGAGGAAUGUCUGUAUCAACACGAGACAAAAUGGUUUCUCUGCUGGGGUGGGUGCUCUGGCCAUCAUGAACAACCGCUUGGCAGAAACAAGUGAUUCUAGGUAGAGUUUUUGAAAUUCCUUUUGUUUCUUUAAUAAAAAUAAAAAGGGGGUUAGGGUGGAAUUAUCACUGUAAGCUACUGGGAAGUUUUCAUUUCAGAGACAGCUUUGGUAUUCAUUGGGUGUUCAGUUGGGGGUUUUGUAAGUCUUCUCUAAUAUGCAGUAACAUCUUUACCGUAAUGCUACAAUUUUCCCCAAAGGGAUUUUGGGAAGAGAUUUGGAUGUCGUUGAUGCAGUAUCUGAUGCAAUUAUAGAAGGAUGGUGUGCGUGGAUAAGAUGGUGUCAAAACCAGGAUGAUGUUCUUCAGAACAUUAGCCUGAGCCCAAAAUGUGUGUUAAUGCAUAAAGUAGACACGUUUGGCUCCAGAUUCAAACUUGGGGUUGAUAAGGUUUGGCUAAACCAGUAUCUAUCUCACCAUUUGUUGAAGUCUGGAUCCGGCCCUGAAUUUCGUACCCAAUGCUCUUCAGCAGUUCCUCAUAACAGGCCUGUAUAUAACAUACGUGUAGGUGACUGCAGUUACAUCAGCUUUAGGGUAAUUGUGCUUCACUGGAAUAAUGUUGCUGACUUCAGUGAUAGAGGGUUGAAUCGGCUGAAUUCCCCUGACUACAAAUGAUGGGUUUUAGCCAUUCUUGUCUGAAACACUACCUGCUACCUAACUCUUCAGGGGGUUAUCAGGAAAAUGUGUGAAACCAUUCCUACCUGCUGAAUAACUGAAAACAGG